UGUUCGUUUUUGACUUGCUUUCGCGCAUUGCGAAGAUGGCUAGCGAAGAUGUAGCCGUAAAGCGUGUAGCCUUAUGUUCAGCUGUGUUCGCUGGCUUUGCCUACGUCGGUUACUCGAUCUUGAAAACAGCGUUUUGCUUUAAGGGCAAUGGUAGAGACGACAAAGGAUCUCGAAAAUUGGCGAAGUUGAAAAAGAAGAGAAAACUCAAAGGAGAACAGCCAGAACGUGACAUGAGCCACCGCUCAAGUCAGACGGAUCUUAGCGUCCCCCCCGAAGAGUACAUCACAAACUCCCCAGCCGAGCUGCACUUCAUCCCAAAGUCGGUGCGUGCCAAAGUGCGUGAACUGAACCUCAAGGCUCGAAUGUUCGACGACGAGUACUUUGCUCGCAUCUUCAAGCCUCGCAGCUUGCAGAACUCCCCUUGGGGCUCGCCCAAGGCCCUGAGCCCAGUUGCUGAUGGCAGCACCAACAACUGCUACUUGAGUCGCUCAGCCGAAAACGUCCACAUGGGCCCACCUUCACCACUAAAAAGGAGGAAUUCAGGCCGCUCAGCGAGGUUGUCUCCUCAUGCGUCCCAGCACUGGCAGUGUAAUGACUUGAGCGCCAAUCACAUUAAAGAGAAGUCUCUCUACCGUGCAGUUGUGAAGGACACCGACGAGCUCCUCCAAGAGGUGCUUCACGGGCUCUACAACAAGGCGAGGGUGAUGACCCUGUAUGAAGCAAAAUGUCUCGCGACUCUGUUGAUGUCGGGAAAUGAAGACGUCCUCGUGAAGACCUUGACUACAAUGUCGAAUUGUGCAGCAUUCACAAUUAAUCAGGACUAUCUGUGCGAAGUUGGGUGCCUACCAUUGCUGAAGGACCUCUUGGACCAUGACUGCCUUGCAGUACAAGUCGCAGCUACACAGGCCAUUGCCAAUAUGGCUGUUAAUGAGAGAAACCAAGGGCUCUUGCAGCCAUGCAUCCCUCUGCUGCUGUCAGCUGCCGUGUCACGGGACGGGGGCUGUUACCUGCAGACAGUGUCGCUGCUCUGCCUGACCAACCUGGCACUCUGCGACGAGACACACGAGGCCUUCCGUGGCCGUCUGUAUCACUUGUGCAUCCUGGUGGAGACCGCGGACGACAUUGUGCGGCUCCAGACGCUAAAGCUACUCGUCAACUUGUCUUGCAACUCCCGCAUGGUCCCCUACUUGCUGGCAGCCAAGGCACCACAGAACCUGUUUUCACUGCUGGAGGACUCAAAUCGGGAAGUCACGCUUCGAGUGCUGACCUACCUGGCAAACAUUAUCAGCUACGCGGUCAAGAAGAAGCUCAACCUAUUGGACUUGCCCUCGGAGUACAGGGCAGCUGCCCCCGAGACUCUGUAUGCAGCACUAUGGGGUACCCCUUCCAGAGAACAUCUGCAAGCCAAGACACGAACGCUUGUUCUCAGAGCAGACGAAGACAUCAGCUUUCAGGCUGGCCGCAUCUUUGAUGCUUUGAUGAGGUAACUUAUCCGUGUGUUGAAGCAGCGUAAUGUGGUAGCACUACACUCUUAAGUUGCGGGCCGUAACAACAGCUGCAGGCACGUGUAUUUGUGUGCGCCGCCUCAUUUUGGGUCACAGACUAGCGGUCUUUGCUUGAUAAGAUGACAACUUUAUUCUGUUUCUGUUUCACUGUGAUUCUCAUUACCCUUCAUCGUUGUUGGCUUAAACAUUGCCAUCAUCACCUUGAUUGCCUAGUCAAUACUAAAGAUGAAAAGGUUCAGUAGUGCUCAGUGAAAAGAAUUGUAUUAUGCAGAUGCAAAAUUAUUCUCAACUUCAUCCAGCAAUGUUGGAACAGGAAGAACCAAUGGCUUUUUCUUGUGCAAAAGUAACUGGUAUUGUUCCCGUAGCCUUCUUGCCUGGAAAAUUGUCAAUAUCGUGGCAGGAACGUCUUGCUAGAUUGCCCAACAGAAUCUAAAAACCCAACAAAAGCAGUUUGAAGGUCACUGUCAGAUCACUGGACAAUUGAUAAAGGCCAUUCAAAUCCAGUGAAAGUCGUUCCGGAGCCAAAAUAACCAAAGGAACUAAAGAAAGAAAGAAAGAAGAAUUGCUGUCUUGCGGCAACUUGUUUCAAAUUCAGCCCUCUGCACCGAGGCACAUAUGUGAGAUGAACAUGCGAAAUGCUAAACUGUUGCUUAGUUUGCAAUCUUGAUAGUUUGUGUUUGGAAUAUGCAUCGCACAGGCUCAGAAGCAUGUCUCAUGUAAUACGUGUGACGAGGACAAUAGCAAAAAGAUGGUAGUAAGCACAUGCAAGAUAUUACAACUUGCAACAUAGCAGAACAUGGUGACCUAGGGCCAUAUUCUCAGCCGAUCACAUUUGAUCACAUCAAUUUCAGUGUACAUUCCAUUGGUUAGUCAAUGAACAGGGUGCCCUUUACUUCAUUAAUUAAGACACCACAGUAGACAUUAGUUAUGUCAUGCAAAAGUGAAGGUAUCCUCAAAAGUAAUUGGCUGAGAAUUCUGCCUUUGGUGUAGUCUGUGGCUCUUCUCUGGCAGGAGAAAAACAAAGACAAAAUGCAGGGAUCUAGAUUGCCUGUCAUCUAUGGCAGUUAAGGCAAAAGAGGCUUGUUUGGCAAAGCAGCAAGAAUUCCAUCUGUGAUAUCUUGACAAACACACAGUGGCACUGAAGGCAUCAAUCAGAAGACAUACAAUUAAAAUGAAACUCUGUACGCUUACACCCACUUCAAAAUGUGGAGUCGGCAGGGUUUUGGCUUCUGCGAUUUUCAGCCUGGAGGUGCUGGAACUAUUUCUUAACCAUGCAGUGAAUAUUGUGGGAGAUAAUUCAGUUUUAGUGCUUUAAGUUUGACCGCCAAGUAUUUGUGCCAGUGUUGACUGAUUGAUUGAUUGAUCUUCUUGCCCCAAAGUAAUACAGCGGCUACAAAUGACAUCAUAGUGGAGGCCUCCAGAAUAAUUUUGACUGCUCGUGUUUCUCAAGACCCAAACUUCAGCAUACAAGUUUUUGUGUUCCCACAUCAGAAAUUGGCCGCCAAAGUUGAGGAUCGAAUCACCAGCCUCAUGGUCAACAGCAGAAGGGCAUAGCCACCGUGUAGUGUGUGAGCCAUUGCGAAAAGCUUGCCCAAAACAUCAAGCAAUGUAUUCCGGGAGCAGAUAUUUUUCUAGGUGUUUUGGAUGCAAAGUGAACGAGGCAGAGGCAGUUUGGCAUUGGCUCUACUUCUACAUCUGGUCAUGCUGCUCUGAGCUCAUAGGGAAAACCUGAGCAGGAGUAAACUUUUAAUUAAAGCUUCAGGGAUUAAUUAACGUCUUGAAUAUGCACAGUAGGUUAUGAAGGACAUGCUUUGGAUUCACUUUGACCACCUGGAGUUCUUUAACCUGCAUCCAAAGCGCAUUGCAGAAGUGUUUUUGCAUUUCGCCCUUGUCGUCAUCUGGCUGUCACGUUAUGGAGUUGAGCUCGCAACCUCGUGCUUGGCAGCGCAACACCGUAGCCGCCGAGCUACCGUGGUAGGUCAAAGUCAGGAUUAACCAGACGUCUACAAGCACUAGUUGUCCUAGCAUUUGUACGCCUCUUCCUUGCUUUUCGUAAUCUGUGACUUUAGUUGCUGUGUGCAGCAUUAUAUGAACUUGAAUUUGUAAUAAUCAACUCAUAGCUUAUUUUUGAGGUCUGUCCCCGUUGUGGUUACACUGUAUUUCAUCUGUAUACAGUAAUAACUUGCUAAAUUAUGAUGAUUUGAAAACAGGGGUCAGCCUGGCCCUGUACAUGCAUGUACAAGAUAGCUUCUGAAUAAGAAGUUGGAUUGUUGGGCUGUUCUCACUAUAAGUUCUGCACAGCAAAAAAGGCAAGAUGAGCAGGCAGAUGAGACGUCCCACAGCACUAGCUUCCAACAAGUAUUUUUCAGAAAGGUGCAUUAAAUACAACAGACCAUUAUGUUUUAUCAACAGUACCAGUGUGUGCAAUGAAAAGUUGUACCAAUGUCAAGGAGGAGGUAUCUUCACUCCCGUAUAAGAAAUCUUAACUUCUUUGAUAACACAACCGGAAGGGCGCUGAAACAGGCAUCGCCUGAAUGUGCAACCGUUCUGGCCUCGAUAAUUUCUCGUGUUAUACAAUCCCUACGUCUACUCAGAAUGAUGCACUCGUUUAACAAAGGCAAGGCACCCGCACAUGCUGCAAUGAGCUGACAGCCAAACUUUGUGUGUUUACUUGUUAAUUACAGAUUAAGAGAACAUUAUUGUAAUGCAGCACCAUAAACAAUACAUUAACGAAAGAAAGAAUACUGAAACCGUAAGCAAUCACACAUAGCUUUUUAUGUAUCUUGGGUCAUAACGCAUUUUUCUCUUUGUAUGUAGCUAUUACAGAUUAGAGGAAGUCUUAAGACUUGAAGGCCUGAUGUACUAAUGGGCAUAACCCAGGAACACAAGUCUUCGGACCUGAACAGCUUGUGUAUUAAUGGACACACUCUGUAAAUCUCCUAAAUUUAACAUUUACAUUGAUGCCGCUCCUCACAGUUGUGUGUAAUUCUGCAAAGCCGUGGUAAGGUUGUAUACUUCAGAAUCAUCAUGAGUAUCUUUUGUAGCUCUUAUGUUUAUUUUCUAUACCACCUGUGUGCUGAAAAGUGGAACUUGGAUGCUUCUCCAAGAGCAUGAUUAUCCUGGUCAUUUCGGAGCUGCAAGGAUGUUGUGAUGCAAAAUGGAUUGGGACAAAGCUCUUUUCAUUGCUUUGUAAUGGGACUUGUGCACUUCUGGUAAAUUUGUUUCAUUUAAUUUAAAAUUGUUUUCAUUCAUCUCAGAGAAAGAACACUGGUGCACUGUGUGUAUCAUGAUAAAGAAACACAUUUUUUUAAUGUGCUACGUACACCAACAGUUCUCUCACAUCUGGCCAUAUGAACAUGCGACUUCUCAGAACCUGGUCAGAGACCUUUAUUGGCAGCAUUGUUAGCUGUGCGUGUGGUUUUGUUUUUGAGCUGUUUCAUUUGGUAUUCUGUAAACUGCUGGGCAUUUCUUACCAAAAACCCUCAAUCCCUCUCCAAUCUUUUAUGUUUUUGAGUGUUACGUUUCUAGAGCAGCUCUUGAACUGCUUUAGAAUGCAAGUGCUGUGAAAUACAAUUGGAUAUGCCUGAAAGUCUGCAGGAGAAACUGUUAUAAUUUUUUUACUAUAAACAGCGGAAUUCCCUUAAUUGAACCUGGCGAUGAUAUCCAAAUUUGAUCCAAAUUAUUCAAUCUAUUACUUGAAAAGUGUUUAACCUCUGUUAACUGUUUUCGGUGCAUUUGAACACGUUAAGGUAAACAGUGGGCUGAUUUACAUUGAAGUAAUGCAUACUUGCCAGUUCUCCUGAAUUUUCUGUGAUGUUAAUGAAUUCGGGCUCAUUUAAAAAUUUUACAAAUGUUUUGUCAAGUUGUACGAAAAAUACUGUUGCAAAAGGUUUUCCUUGGUGAUAUCCAACCAUACUCUUAGAAGACUUCCGGCGGUGAAAAAAAACCAGAGGGGGUACCUUUUUUGAGCAAGUUAAUUCAAACGAUUUCCUGAAGCAAGCGAAAUCGGCAACAGCAUAACACAACAGCAUAGUUUCUCAAAAAGUCAGUGCGCUGCUCGUCAAUUUGUGCCGUUCCAAUUUUCCUGCUGCUUGUGUGCCAGGUAUAAAGGUAAAUCAUCGUUAAUACAGCGCAUAUGUAUCCCGCAGAAGGCGUGCAGUCAGGACAAAUGCAAAAAAAAAAAGUGUGAUAUCCUCUUUCCCCUCCUUGCUGUGUAGUACGCCACUAGAUUUUUACAGAUUUGACAGCUCGCAGUUAGGCAGGUAUAAGUAAUGUAAGUUAGUCAUACCGUAUUUCCUAAAUGGAAGUGCAUGCCCUGGAAUAACACUGCAGCAUGUCAAAACACCGAAUGAAAGGCACAGAGAAACGAGACAGUGUUCUUUAAUGUCCCUGUUCUGCCACUGUCUCAUUCCACUGUGAGCCAGCUAGACGAAACACUGCUGGGAGCUGUGGCUCUACUGGAACUACAGGAAGCUGAUAAAUAACCUCUCAUUGGUAGUGAAGUGUACAGUUCUUUGCUUGCUACAGGGCCACUGUAAUCAGCAGUGGCACCAGCAGCCUCGUUAUGUACUUGUCCUAUAGCGAUCAUGAUGGCAUUGCACUUAAAAUGUAGUUAGAUACCAGACUUGCAAUGUUAGUUAUUGUUGUUUGACUAAGAACAAAGAGAGAAUGUGUUUAGUCAUACUGCAUGAUGACUUCUCAGGGCGUUUCUGGGAAAGUAAUGAACUGGCCUGCAUUCUUAAUUCACUGGUACUUUAGGUAAAUAAGGUAAGACCCACUGUAAAUGAUAUGACUCUGUUAUAGCUAGUUGGCCUUGGAAAGGGUGCCCCCCCCCCUUUCCCCUCGUGUUACAAUUGUGAUAAGCCAUGGCAACUCUGCAGUGCUUUAGAGAUUGAGUAGAUGCAGCAAGUUUUCUUUUAAUCCUCUGGCUUCUAGAUGUUGAAGUGUGCGAUACUUGUACAUGUGCAAUGCUGUACAAAGCUUGGCAGCGUCAGAUGUACAGCUCAUGAAAUUUAUUCGUCAAUUGUGGCAUUUUGCUUUGUGCGAUACAGUUGAACCUCGAUACAGCGAACACGGAUAUAAUGGAUAUUCAGAUCAAGUAAAUAUGAAAUAUUUCUCGCUGAUAUCAGCAUGUAACAAAUAUAUCCUCAUAAAAAAGGUCAGAUAUUAUGAAUUUAUUUUCAUAUUGAAUGCACUUCGUUGUAUGGAGGCUCGACUGUAUAUUAAGAGCAGAUACAGUAAACCUUCGUUUAAUGAAAUCACUUUAGUCUAAAUUCUGCAUAGUUCUGAAUGCAAUGCACGCAUUUUACAGUGGGUCAUUCAAAUUGGGGUAGUGUCAGUGUCUGUUUAGUGCCAAGCAGCAAAUCUGCGUAGGACAGCUUGGUGCAGCGUGCAGUGGCUACCCUUUGCUUUUCUUUGUGUCAACCUGGACAGGCAAAUGCUGCUGUGAAUGCCAUUCCACCCCUUGGCAGCAGCUCUUUGGGAUAGUGGUUGUAUCAUGUGAUCAUAACUGAAAGAUAACGUAGCUGCUGAUAGGCAUCAUCAUAAUCUCACUGCUUUUAUAUUGUCCCCAUUCAGUGCAACUUCAUUUCAAUGCACUGUAUUGUGUGGACAAAUGUAACUCAAACAGAAAAUUAUGAAGUAGAGCGCCUUUUAAAGGGACACUAAAGGCAAAUACUUAGUCAACGUGGACUGUUUAAAUACCAUUACAGAAACCUCGCAACGCUUGUUUUGCGCCAAGAAAAGAGUUAGUUUACAAGAAAAUUGCAUCUGAAGGGUCCGAAUGCCUUUUUCGAGAUUCAAAUCUCCCGCCACCCACCUGGGAGAGUGGUGACGUUGCAUACGCUAUCACCACCCUCUGCUGCAGUCGGUGAGUAAAACCCCGCCUGACAGAUGGCGGUACUGAGCCAAGACAGAGUGGUGGAUUCGCCGCUGCAGCUGCUUUUUGGUCAAGUCAGUCAAGUGACGUAGGCCGCUUGGGCACCCCACGACCUCACAUGGAAGUUGAAUUAUCUGCUACUUGCAGUUUGUGCUAGUUUCGCGAGCCAGCAAAACCAGCACAGCACUACGCGAUAACGAAACUGCUGAAACGCGAAAGCGUGGACGGCGCAGAGUUGAGUGAACAUUAACCCUUUCGACCACCCGCGUCAUUGUCGAGGGUGAUUUCAGUGAGCUCUUUUUUCUAAAGAAUGAGACAGCACUGCUCAAGUAGCAUUUUAUUUCGUCUUAUAAUACUAUGCAAGAAUGGUUUUUGCAACGGAUGGUUGAGUACUAGUGACAGAAUUUAACCGAGGGGUGCUUUCAUCAUCGGGCAAGUGCUUGAAUGUCCCGGAGGAGUCUCUAACCAUGUCCUGCAUUUACCUCAAUUUCUCGAUUAUUAAGGCUCUGUUCGCGAUAAUAUUGACGCCUUAGAGAUUCUCGAGCGCUAAUCUAUCACUUUAGCUUGACUUAAUAUUUGCCUUUAGUGUCCCUUUAAGAAUAAUACCAUGAAAGUACAGUUUUGUAUACCCUCUGCUAUCCAUAGGCAAUGAUGAUGCAGGCCUCAAACUAUGUCUACAAGCUGAAGUAAUGCCAAUAUGCAAAGGCUUCUCCAUGUAAAUGAAACAAUGUUCUCUAAUUAGCCCUAACUUAUUCUCACAUUUCAUUUGUCCAUGAUAGUAUGCUCUAUGAGCCCUCCAGACAGAGUGUGCAUUUCCUGUGCCUAUUUUCGAGCCUCUUUGCUUUUAAUGAAAUGCUGCUUGCAACAAACUCCAUUUCCUGUCCCAGUGAUUUUGUUAUAACGAGGGUUUACUGUAGCUGUACAUCCUCUUAUUAGCUUUCAUUACCAAGGCUUUGCCCCCACCUAUGUGAGCGCAUAAACUCUAUGCAGGCUUGUAAGCAGGUGCAGUGAUGUUGCACACUGUAGAUAGGGCAAACCCAACACGCAUUGUAAAACAGAUACAUGGCAGAAGUGUAUAGCGUACUUCCUGCAUAGUGGAACUGCAGCUCUUGCACCAAGCUCACUUCAUUUGAAUUUCACCAAGUGCAGGAGUGUGAGUACAAAAUGAGUGACAGCAAUACAUACUGGUUCUUGCAUAACAGCUUGGAAUUCCAAGAGAACAAAGAGAAAAGUAUUUUUGUCUGCUGGUGUUUCGGUGUUGUGUCAAGGAUUGCAUAUGCUACAUAUUUACUUGCUUUUUCUUAACAUGUUUUGAAUGCUAUAUUUUCAAACUGGACAUUUUACCAGUUGCUGCAUUCCACAUUAAUGUACCUGUGCUUCUGGCAUGGGAGGAGCAUGUUCCUGAAGUGAGAAUCGGGCAUUUGUAAUAACAGGAAAGCUGCAUGUCUAUUAAAAUCACUUAGUCACUUCUCUAGCCAGGCAUUAGAACAUUUGUCAAGCUGCUUAUCUGGCCUUUAUGUAAUAGUGUAUUAUAAAAGGCUGCUUAAAUCUCCCCCGUAAACUGGAAUUAGGCUGCUUUUUAUUAACAGCAGGUUUAAUAUUGUCAUACGAUGUGGUCCUAAAUGUGGCACCAUCUGCAAUGCAGCUAGUUCGCGAAAAUAGUUUCAGUUCUUAAUUGUUAUGCUGUGCCCAUUAGCAUAAGACAUUAUUUAUUGCCUCGUGUAAAUAUAAUUCGAUGUGUGUGCGUGUAUGUAUGUGUGCACGCAUCAUCACUAUUGUGUAUUUCGUUUGUCCUCUUAUUGUUGUUUAGACUGCAUACAUUACCUUCGAACUUUGCGACUGCAAAAGUGACUGACUGCGUGCAUGGGAUCAGGAGAACUGACCUGUAACUAGCGAGGAAACGGCGUUCGCCUUGUUGGAAGGUUGAACUGUGUAAUGAGCAAGUUUUGUGUGCACUAGCUUUUGUGAUCCAUUCUCCUAGUUGUAAUUCAGUGCACUGCGCUUAUCCAGCAGCCACGGCAUGCAGGCGGCAAUUGGCCGUCAGCCUCAAGUGAAACUUACAUUCUCGUCGGUGUAGUUAUUUUCAUUAAUGCUAGUGCAUUUAAGGGGAAUAUGUUUCUUGAAAAGUGAGUAUCGAGUGGACCGCUUGCGAAACACGCCCAUUUUGUGUCCUGUCGCUGUAUUGCAUUGUUGACAAUAAACGUAUUUCCGUUACACCGUUA